AGGGUGGAAAGGUGUUGGUUCCUCCAGAAACUUUCAACUGCUCUAAGACUUGUGAUUUAUUGAAAAGUAGACUAGGAGUCACUCUUGAACUGGAUAGUGAGCACCUAAGAUUUCUUAGGACACACAAUCGCGUUUAUGGAAUUACCAAUCAAACACUUGUAUUCUCAAAGGUGGAGAAACUACUUGCCGAUAUAUUUUUCGAAGAAAGUACCUCUGAAGUUAGUGUCCUGAAGAAAAAAUCCGGCAAAUGUAUCAGUGAAACUAAAACAGUAUCACGACCGGUAGUCUCUUGGGCUGGCAGACUCCGCAGUCAUGUUCCAAAGAACAUUCUCACAAAGCAGCAGGAUACGUCACAUGUUGUAGUUCGAAGAACAUUUCCAAUUCCAGCAAAUAAGGUUGGUCUUUUGUAUGGGAAAGGCGGGACCACCAUUCGUAGAAUUUCAAUGCAAUCAUCUACAUGCAUAAAUGUGGAGAAAGAUACUAAAGAUAACAACCAUGAUCCAAAUCGGUCUGUUACUAUUGUUGGCACUUUUGAAGAUUUUGUGAGAGCAAAAGUAUUAAUCAUGGAUGAAAUUGACAAGGGUGGUAAGAAAGGUUCUAUUCAAGAUCUCAGGCCCGGUACCAAGGAUGCUUAUGUGUAUGUACCAGAAGAUAAGAUGGGUGUGGUUAUAGGAAAAGAAGGCAAAACAGUGAAAGCAAUGGAAACCCAAUCUGGGGCCUGUAUCGAGCAAGUAAAUAAGGAAAAUAAAUUCAGGAUCACUGGAACCGCAGAGGAGAUUAAAGUUGCUGAAUCAUUGAUUGCUGGCAAGGUGUCAAUACCUAGAUCACGUCAGUCAAAGCAAUCUGCAGGCAACAAAGCUUCAUUUCCACAGCCAUCACGUCCUGUAGGUGCUGGUGGAUCGACAGUUGCAACUGGAUCAACUUCUUCCUGUGUGCUUGAUGGGGUUAUUGGAACUACAAGGCGAGUUAUGUUCGAGGGAUCAAGUGCAAUGGCGCAGUCCCCCGGAUGUCUUACUGCAAGUCACCAUCCUCCAAGGAUUGCACAGACCGCCCAAUAUCCUCUUGGAACCAGCAAUACUCUGAGUAUUGCACAGUCGGAGCUUCGUCCGCAAGCAUUGGUUCCCUCCCAUGGAUCUCCUUAUCUGUGCAAUGAUGAGGUUGGGCAGGCUUGUCAAAGUUCAAGGCCAUUGUCCCUGCAUGAGUCACCUGGAUAUGGUGUCCAGGCAGCACCAUACCGAGGGCCUCUGCCUGGCUAUGGUGUCCAAGCCGCACCCUACCUAGGGCCUCUGCCUGGCUUUGGUGUCCAAGCCGCACCGUACCGAGGGCCGCCGCCAGGCUAUGAUCAGUGGACUGGCUAUGAUGCCCAGCAUGGACCCCGCCAUGGUCUGCCUGCUUAUAGUUUUCGAAGGCCACCACAUCAACGGCGGCCUGCCCCACAUAGUUGAUGUAACUAAUGUAAUCUGAGAGAUGUAAAUUCUGGAUGGGUCUGCGUGUAAGCGUUUGUUACAUGUUGGUUCUCUAAUACUAGAAGGACUUGCAAGAUCUCAAAAAAUUUGUCCAUCAAUAUUCC